AUGUUAAAAUUAUUCAACAAAGAAAAGAAGAAAGCUCCUUAAAUUCAAAAUGUGCUUACUGUAGAAGAAUUUUUCAAAAGAGAUGAAUAUGAAAUCAAUGAUGAGUUUUGGAAAAUGAAUGCCACAUAACUUGAAGAAACAUGUAAAAAAUAAGAAAAAUAUAUCAAAAAAUUGAAAAAUUUAUACAGAGCAGUAUAAUUCAUUUUUUUACUUAUUCAAUAGCAUUUAGAGUAUCUUGAAUAAUUGCAGAUUAAACAUGAAGAAGAAAAAAAGAAACUAAGAAUUGAAAUUGAAGAAUGGUAAAUUAAAAAUUGUAAGAUUUAAAUUGUAUCAUUAAUAUAUAGAAAGCAAUUUCGAUCUAAAAUAGUAGAUAGAAGUUUAGUAUAAGUAGAUGUAUGAAUAGUUUACUUCUUAAACCUAAUAAUAACAAUAACCUUAAAUUAUAGAAGAACAUAAAUAAGAACCUUAAAAUUCAGAUUUAUUAGAACUUAUUGAACCAAAAGAAGAAGAAAUCGAAAGAUUACGAAAAUAAUGUAUAAAAGUUUGUGAAGAAAUGAGAAGAUUAUAAGAAGAUAAUGAUGAUCUUAGUACUGCUUUAGAUACAGAGAAAUAACAUAAUGAGUUUUUAAGAUAACAAUUUGAAUAAUAAAAAGUCUAAUUUUAAUAGGAAAUAUCUGAUUUGUAAAAUAAAAUUAAGAAUCAUUAAAAUGAAGGAUAAAUAAAUUCUUAAUAAUUAGAAGAUAGAAUAAAAAAUUAAAAGGACUUAGAAUCAAAUAUAUCUGAAUUAACAACUAAAAUUCAUGAAUUUGAAAGUAAAUUGUUAUAAGAAAAAAUUAAAGUUGAUUCAAAAAAUAAAGAUUGUAUUCGAUUAGAAGAUUAAAUAAAUGAAUUAAAAAAUUAGAUUGAAUAAAUGUCUAAUUAAAUAAAUAUAUAAAAAAGUAAAUUAUAAUUAUUAGAGUCGAAAAGAUAAAAAGAUAAAGUAACUAUAAAUGAAUUAAAAAAUAAUAUUGCAAAUUAAUAAAGCAAUAUUGAAUUAAUAUAGUUUUAAUACAAAAAUGAAAUUUAGAGUUUGAAUUUGCAAAUUAGUGAAUUUUAAUUAAAAAGCAAUCUCUAUGAACAACUUAAAGUUUAAUAUGAUUAGUUAUAAAAUUAAUUGAUGGAUAAAAAUGUCAAGAUUUAAUAAUUAUUUCAUUAGAUUUCAGAUUUGGAAUAACAGAUAGAAUAGAAUAAUAAGUAAAUUUUUAAUUUAAUUGAAGGUAGUUUUAGAAUAGAGAAGAAAAUUAGGUCUAAAAGGAAAAUGAAAGAGAAAACUUAAUUUAACAUCUUACAUUAAAGAGAGAGAAUGCAAGAGUGGAAAUUGAGUAAUUAAAUGAUAAGAUAUUAUGUCUAAUGAAGUUGGUUGAUUCUAUCAAACAUAAAGCUAAAGCUUCAUAAAAUAAUGAUAUUUAACAAAUUAUAAAGCAUAACUCAGAAGUACUUAAUAAAUCAGAAACACUUUAGAAAAGCAAUAGAAGAAUAUAAUUAUUUCCAACUCUCCAUAAAUGUCUAACAGAAUUAAGAAAAUUAGAAGAAAAGUGUUAUAAAUUAUACAUUUAGACAAUGAUAUCUGAUUUUUAGAAUAGAGAAUCAACUAUAUAGAUAGAAAGAUAUUUGAAUGAUAUAGGAAGAAGAUCUCAAGAAUUAUUAGAUUUGUUGGAUGAAAUGGGUUUAAAAUGA